ACAGCUAGCCAGCUCAGGACCACUCCAGCACCUUCUGCUCUACUCUAUCAAGCCGUCUGCCUCUACACUCUACACAGGUACCAUAAUGACGAUCAUGCACUCUCUUGCUGGGAUCCUUCUCCUCCUCUUCAUCCAGAGUAGCUGGCAAGUCCCCCUGGUGGAGGAAGAUGGCAGCCCCAGCUUGGAGCCCCAGGCCCCCGUGCUGGAAGAGCCCCGGGAGGCGGCCAGCAUGAAGAGGCACUCAGAGGGGACCUUCUCCAACGACUACAGCAAGUACAUGGAGAACAGGAGGGCACAGGACUUCGUACAGUGGCUCAUGAACUCCAAGAGGAGCGGUGGUCCCUCCAGACGCCACGCUGAGGGCACGAUCACCAGCGAUGCCAGCAUCUACCUUCAGGACCAGGCUGCCAAGGACUUCGUCACCUGGCUCAAGUCGGGACAGAUCCGAAGAGAGUAGGCAUCACCUCCCCUUGAAGACACGGCAUCGCUACAGAGGAGACACGUGGACGGCAGCUUCACCUCCGACAUGAACAAGGCGCUAGAGAACCUGGCUGCCAAGGAGUACCUCAUGUGGGUGAUGAACUCCAAACCGGCCGCAGCAAGCAGCAAAAGAAAUGAGGAUCAAUGAGUGCUUCCUUGUCCAACGGAGUGAUUCUGUAGGCCCACUACAGCUGCAACGCCUACUGCAUAAAAGCCAUAUUGCUUAGCCGACAAACUAUUGUGGAGAUUGCAAGCCAUGUUUAUUGUAUGCACUGUGACAAUGAAACAAAUGAUUAUUUAUUUUCCAAACAAAAAAAGGAACGCCAAAAAAAAAAAAAAACUAAUGGAGAGAGUAUUUUUUCUAAAGAUAUGAUUUAUUUUCUAUGGAUGUUAGUUUUAGAGGAAUAAUAUAUAUGCUCAGGUUUUAAAAAUACCCAGGUCUCAAGGAGUUUUAGUUUACAUGUGUUUUCAAAGUGCCAUUCAUGAUGUUGUCAUGCCC